AUGAAGGCAGUGCGCUUCCACGGCCAGCAUGACCUGCGAUUCGAGGAUGUCCCAGUCCCCAUCGUGAAGAAAGGCCAAGUGAAGAUCAAGCCGGCGUGGGUUGGAAUCUGCGGCAGCGACCUACACGAGUAUCUCGGGGGACCUGGACUGUGUCCUACAACCCCACAUCCGAUCACUGGCGAAACUGUCCCCUUGACAUUCGGUCACGAGUUCAGCGGAACGAUCGAAGAAGUUGGCGAAGGCGUAGAUGCCUGGACGGUGGGCGACCGCGUUUCAGUGCAGCCGAUCAUCUACGAUGGGACUUGCGGUGCUUGCCAGGACAAUCUGCACAACUGUUGUUGGAGCAAUGGCUUCAUAGGAUUGAGCGGCUGGGGCGGUGGUCUUUCUGAGCACAUUGUGGUACCAACAUCUGCCCUGUAUCGACUUCCCAAAAACGUUCCACUGCAAAUAGGAGCCUUGGUCGAGCCGCUUUCAGUCGGGUGGCACGCUGUCAAGAUCAGUCCCUUCAAGAAUGGCGAUUCUGUCUUGAUCCUCGGAGGUGGACCCAUCGGCAUCGCCGUGAUGCUCGCGCUCCAAGCGAAAGGCGCAGACAAGAUCAUCGUGUCCGAAGUCAGCCGGAAGCGUCAAGAAUAUGCGAAAUCAUUUGGCGCGCACCACAUCCUCGACCCUACGAAGGAAGACGUCGUCAAGCGAUGCAGAGAGCUCUGCGACGGCCAGGGUGUUCACAAGCCACGCGCGCUCGAGGGGACAAUCGUCAACGUCGCCAUCUGGGAGAAGCCGUGUACGAUCACACCGAAUCUCUUCACGUUUAAGGAGCGGCGAUACAUGGGUGUUGCGACCUUUCAGGUCGGCGAUUUCCAGGAAGUCAUCGACGCCAUUUCGGCCGGUAGCAUGAAGCCCCAUCAAAUGAUCACGGGUCGAAUCGGUUUGGACGAAGUCGAGGAGAAAGGUUUCAAGGCUUUGAUUCAUGACAAGGACAACCAGGUGAAGAUAUUGGUGAAGGUCGGAGGCGAUGAUUAA